UUCCAGCACAAUCUCCAUGUUCAAUCCCGCCCUCUCUCUCUCUCUCUCUCUCUCUGAGUCUCUCUUUGACCACCUCGGGUCACAUCCAAAACAUUGACCAUUACCAACACAAACAGAGAUUCUUAAAAAGACCCAGAUUGUUUCACACUUCCUCUCACUCAUCUUCUUCGCCAGUCAUGAACAGACAGCCUCCACAAAAUCCAAAUCUCGAAGCUUUCCCCCAAUCUGAACCUCCCCAACAUUGCUCACCGAACAAUGCCGAUGCGAGCCCAGCUUCUGGGUCCGAGAGCUUCAAAACCAGCAGCAAUGGCACCACGAGGAAUAGCUCCCAGGACGCGAGGCUCAACAACAGCGUCAGCAUAAGUUUCUGCAGCAGCACAGUUUCUGGGUCCGACAAUAACAGCGUCAGUAGCGAGGCAAAUGCCGAAAAGUUUCGAUCUUUCGAUGGGAACGAGCCCAGUUUCAGAAGAGCUUGCCCGUCGAAGCCGCACAAAGGGAACGACAUUCGAUGGGACGCGAUUCAGAGUGUGAAGCUCAGAGAUGGCGAUCUGGGUUUAGGGCAUUUCAGGCUUUUGAAGAAAUUGGGGUGUGGGGACAUUGGGAGUGUGUAUUUGGCUGAGCUGAGAGGGAUGGGUUGUUUGUUCGCCAUGAAAGUGAUGGAUAAAGGAAUGUUGGUUGGGAGGAAGAAAAUGGCUAGGGCUCAGACAGAGAGGGAGAUUCUGGGUCUGUUGGAUCAUCCUUUUUUGCCGACACUUUAUUCCCAUUUUGAGACAGACAAGUUCUCUUGUCUGUUGAUGGAGUUUUGCAGCGGCGGCGAUCUCCAUAUUCUCCGGCAGAAACAGCCGGCGAAGCAUUUCUCCGAGCAAGCCGCCAGGUUCUAUGCUUCAGAGGUACUUCUUGCGCUCGAGUAUCUCCACAUGAUGGGCGUUGUGUACAGAGACUUGAAGCCGGAAAACGUAAUGGUGAGGGAAGAUGGACAUAUCAUGCUCUCGGAUUUCGAUCUUUCGUUGAGAUGUGUGGUGAGUCCUACGCUCGUUCAGUCCAGUUCACAGCCUGAUUGCAGGAUCGCUUCAUACUGUAUCCAACCAGCUUGUAUAGAUCCAUCCUGCAAAUUGCCUGUUUGUGUAGAGCCUUCUUGCUUGCAGCCCACAUGCUUCAAGCCCCGUUUCCUCCUCGACCACAAGCCAAGAAAACCGAAACACGAAAAGGGUAUUUCUUCAAACACAGAUUCACUCCCAGUCUUAAUCGUUGAGCCAACAGAUGCGCGUUCCAUGUCGUUUGUGGGCACUCACGAGUACUUAGCUCCCGAGAUCAUAAGAGGGGAUGGCCAUGGAAGUGCCGUGGAUUGGUGGACGUUCGGAAUAUUCCUCUACGAGUUGUUGGCCGGGAAAACACCCUUCAAAGGUAAUGGAAACCGGGAAACAUUGUUCAAUGUGGUCGGUCAGCCUCUGAAAUUCCCGGAAGGAUCUUCAUUAACCUUUCUGGCCAAGGAUCUUAUCCGAGGUCUGUUGGUUAAAGAUCCUCAGAAGAGACUCGGGUUCAAGAAAGGCGCCACCGACAUCAAGCAACAUCCUUUCUUCGACAGUGUCAAUUGGGCGCUCAUCAGAAGCACACAUCCUCCAGAAAUCCCGAAACCGCUCGAUCUUUCUGUCUUGAACCAAACCCUGAAAUCAUCUCUGCAACAACAACAGCAGCAUCAGGACAAGGGUUGUAAGGACUCUGAUCGUUCAUCAGGUCCCUACUUAGACUUUGAAUUCUUCUGAUGAGCACUUUCAUCAUCAGAAUCCUCGUUAGGGCAUUCACUAUUGUUGUUGGUAUAUGUAUUCAAAAUUUUCCCCUUAGUUCAACGAUUAUCUCUGCCUCUUCACCACUGGUUCUUGCGAAUGUUCGUCGUGUUUACACAAACUUGAACAGGAGUUAGAAAUCCAGUUUAAUUAAUCUC